AUGAUGGACGGCCGCCUCCUGGAGCACCCGCAUGCCCAGUUCGGGGGCUCGCUGGGCGGCGUGGUGGGCUUCCCCUACCCGCUGGGCCAUCACCACGUGUACGAGCUGGCCGGCCACCAGCUGCAGUCGGCCGCCGCCGCCGCCGCCGCCGCCGCCGCCGCCUCGGUGCCCUUCUCCAUCGACGGCCUGCUCAGCGGCUCGUGCGCAGCCGCCGCCGCCGCCUCGGUGGUCAACCCCACGCCGCUGCUGCCGGCCGCCUGCGGGGUCGGCGGCGACAGCCAGCCCUUCAAGCUGUCAGACUCGGGGGACCCGGACAAGGAGAGUCCGGGCUGCAAGCGGCGGCGCACCCGCACCAACUUCACUGGCUGGCAGCUGGAGGAGCUGGAGAAGGCGUUCAACGAGAGCCACUAUCCCGACGUGUUCAUGCGCGAGGCGCUGGCGCUGCGCCUAGAUCUGGUCGAGUCGCGAGUGCAGGUGUGGUUCCAAAACCGCCGGGCCAAGUGGAGGAAGAAGGAGAACACCAAGAAGGGCCCGGGGCGGCCGGCGCACAACUCGCAUCCGACCACGUGCAGCGGCGAGCCCAUGGACCCCGAGGAGAUCGCGCGGAAGGAACUGGAGAAGAUGGAGAAGAAGAAACGCAAGCACGAGAAGAAGCUGCUGAAGAGCCAGAGCCGCCACCUGCACUCGCCCGGCGGCCUGUCCCUGCACAGCGCGCCGAGCUCCGACAGCGACAGCGGCGGCGGCGGCCUGUCCCCGGAGCCGCCCGAGCCGCCGCCGCCCGCCGCCGCGGCCAAGGGCCCUAGCGCAGCCGCCUCUGGCGCCCCCGGUUCCGCGCCCGCACCUCCCAGCGAGCCGCCUGCUCCCGGCACCUGCGACCCUGCCUUCUACCCGAGCCAAAGAAGCGGCGCCGGCCCGCAGCCGCGGCUGGGCCGCCCUGCGGACAGGGACGCAGCCUCGUGCGGGCCCGGGGCGGCGGCAGCAGCCGAGCGCGGCGCCGCGGGCCUGCCCAAGGCCAGCCCGUUUAGCGUGGAGAGCCUGUUGUCUGACUCGCCGCCGCGCCGGAAAGCCUCCUCCGCCAACGCCGCAGCAGCCGCCGGCCUGGACUUCGCGCCGGGGCUGCCGUGCGCGCCGCGGACCCUCAUCGGCAAGGGCCACUUCUUGCUCUACCCCAUCACGCAGCCGCUCGGCUUCCUGGUGCCGCAGGCCGCGCUCAAGGGCGGCGCGGGCCCCGAAACGACGCCCAGGGACGCGCCGCCCGCGCCCGCCGCGCCGCCCGCGCCGCCCUCGCAGGCCAGUUUUGGGGCCUUCUCCGGGCCCGUGGGAGCUCCGGACUCGGCCUUCGCGCGGCGCAGCCCCGACGCCGUCGCCUCCCCGGGGGCCCCAGCCCCGGCGCCUUUCCGGGACCUACCCUCGGCGGCGGCGACGGAGGGCGGUGGCGGGGACUGCGCGGACGCGGGGACCGUCUGCCCCGCGGCCCCGCCGCCCCCGCCGCUCGCGCCGUCGCCUGGGUCCGGCCCGCGGGCUCCCAGCCCCGCUGCGGAGCCGGCCACAUGCGGGGACCCCGAACCAGGCGCAGCGGCCGGACCCAGCCCGCCGGAUGGCGAGGAAGUGGACAUGGACUGA